GUUUUGUCCGAUUGCAUUACUGAGUUAAGACAGCUUGAAACCGAAGCUAAAUGUGAGACUGUGGAGUUGCAGAAAGGAGAUGCCAAGUCCAAUGAAGAAACUCAAGGUAAAAAGAAUGAUGCCAUGAAGAACAAGAUAAAACAGAUGAUGGACGUGUCACGGAUAAAGACAACUCUGACAAUUGUUGAAGGAGAACGAGACCGAUAUAAGGCAAUACUACUGGCUGAAGAAAAUUCCAGACACCAACUGGAAGAGCAAAUACAAAAGCUGGAGCAUGGUCAUGCUUCUUUGAAAAGCGAGAAGUCCCAUCUCGAAAUUGAAUUCAAGACCAUGGAACAGAAACUGGACAUCAUGGAUGAGUUGUACCAACAGAAAGAGAAUGCACUCCAGCAGUGA